AUGACGAAAUUUUCGACAAAGAUUUUUCCUAUUUAUGCAGCAUAGCCAGUUUAACAUUCUUAAACUUCGAUCAAAGAUACUAAAGCCAAUAAUUCGAACCAGGAUGGAGACUUGGCGCUCAGAGACUUAUUAAGCCUAAUUGAAAAAGAUAAGCCCUUGUAGAAAUAGAAAAACGAGACUUUAUUGGCUAAAACUGUAAAGUAGUACUCUUACAUUUAUAGAAUGAUUAAAAUACUGAGUAAAAAAACUACCUCGCCUAAUUGGCUUCACCAAUUAGUUCUCUUGCUGCUCCUAAAUUAUAAGACCAAAAUCCCUAAUAAAGUUAAGGAAGUUAAAAUACACACAACUAAGAACAGUUUCAAUUUGCCAUAGCUUGAAGAACAUCUGCCACGGAGAUAAAGUUAAGAAGAAAUUUUGAAAAAUAAACUAAGGUUAAGGCAAAUGAAUCAAACUAUAAUAAGAAGCGAAUCUGAAGGUCAUAGAAUCUUUGUGAUUCCCAAACUCAACAUCUAAUAAUAGGACUUUAAUUUUACUGCUAAUUUUCAAUAAUGA